AAAGGCAGCGCGGCUGCCUGCGCACACCCGCUCACCUUGGCCAUGAGCGGCUCAGACACCGUGGAGGCGCCGGAGGAGCGGCUCUUCCUCAGCACAGCGGAGGCGGCUGCUCUGGAGCGUGAGCUGCUGGAGGACUAUCGUUUUGGGCGUCAACAGCUGGUGGAAUUGUGUGGUCAUGCUAGUGCUGUGGCUGUAACCAAGGUGUUCCCCUUGCCUGCUCUCUCCCGGAAGCAGAGGACAGUACUGGUGGUGUGCGGCCCGGAGCAGAAUGGGGCUGUGGGACUGGUCUGUGCCCGGCACCUGCGGGUGUUUGAAUACGAACCAACCAUCUUCUAUCCCACACGCUCACUGGACCCUCUGCACCAGGACCUGACCACCCAGUGUGAGAAGAUGGACAUCCCCUUCCUUUCCUAUCUGCCCACAGAGGUCCAGCUCAUCAAUGAUGCCUAUGGGCUGGUAGUGGAUGCUGUGCUGGGCCCCGGCGUGGAGCUGGGUGAGGUUGGGGGCCCCUGCACACGUGCGCUGGCCACACUCAAGCUGCUGUCCAUCCCCCUUGUGAGCCUGGACAUUCCCUCAGGCUGGGACGCGGAGACGGGCAGCGACGCCGAGGACGGGCUCCGGCCCGACGUGCUGGUCUCGCUGGCGGCGCCCAAGCGCUGCGCAGGCCGCUUCUCCGGGCGCCACCACUUCGUGGCGGGUAGGUUCGUGCCCGACGACGUGCGCCGAAAGUUCGCCCUGCGCCUGCCGGGCUACUCGGGCACCGACUGCGUCGCGGCGCUCUGACCGCGCCCGCGCCAA